ACUAGAGAAGCGCUGUCACAGCACUGCCACAACACUCUCAGUCACAGAACUAACUGAAUCGAAGGAAUCCUGAGCGGACAGCCAUCCUCCGACGUCUCCACCAUGAAUCCUAAGAUGAGUUGCAUUGCCAUCAUGGCGCUCGCCGUCGUCGCCGUUCUCGUCAAGACGACACAAGGUGCUGUCAUCCACGCCUUACCAGUGUUUGUUGGACUUUGGCGUAGAUCCAGAGCUUUACGAUUUGGCACGGCACGAGGGCCACAUCACACAGUUGUCUGCAUUGGAAAUCCAUUUCUGCUUUGGAUACGGCUUGGCGAUCCCAAAUCUAGGAAUUGUAUUCAAAAUUGCCAUCACAGAUGACAUUAUGUUGGUUUGCAUCCAUGGUAUUAUUUUAUACACAUCGUGCAUUGCACUAUAUUGUAUUGAUGCAAUUGAGUACUUCAGCUUGCUGUGGUAUGCCCUCAA